UUUUUACCCUAAUGAUCAAAUAAUGUGCAUUGCAUAUGUACGAUCAUUAUUCAUGGGAAGGUCUACAGCACAAAUUGUUAUCCGACAACUCUUUACUAAUGGUACAAAGAUGGAACUAUCAUCAUGCCGAAUAAUUGGGCGAUAUAGAACAGAGUGUUCUGCAAAACUGGCAAAUGAAGGAUGUGGAAGAGUGAAUGUAACAUGUUCGAUUGUGAGAAAUGAAACGGAGGAAGAGAAAGUGACUAAAGAGAUUUAUAUUACAGAUGAAGCAUCAGUUGGAUCUUUCCAUAUUCACUAUAAAGGAAUGAAUAAUGACAAUGCCACACAAAUUUUCCCAACAGGAAGUUUAAUUAAGCUUAUUUGUCGUGGUGAUGUCUCAAUUGUAAACGACGAAGUUUUAGAGAAUUUAACAUUUACCUGGAAUAGGGGUUUUCUCGAAUUUCAAGAGCCACCUACAGUAAAAACGUCAAGAACUUUUGAUGAAAAUUGCAAAACAAACCAAACAGUGUCAUCCUUCCUAUAUCUGAAAGAGGAACAGUUAGACACAGAAAUAAGGUGUGAAGCAAAAGGUCCGAGUCGACAUUUUUUAGGAAGAAGAAUAUCCUGGAAAUCUAUAAGAAUAAAAACAAUACCAGAGAGAGGACAAAUGUUGGGUCCUGUCGUUGUCUAUAAAGAUGAAUUAGAGGAGAGAACACUCCUUUCGUUGACAUGCAAAACAACUGAUUUCUACAACUCAACAGACACCGAGGGUAUUAAAUGGUGCAUCAGAAAAGAGAACAACACACAGUUUGUCCCUCUUCCACUUCAAGAAGAUCCACUUGUUGAAAUAUUUAAUAGUUCAAAAGAAAGGACUUUGAAAAGUAGUGUUCACUAUCAGUUAUUAAAAAGCAGUGAAAAUGUGGAAAUUAUUUGUGAAGCUAACCACUCCAACAUCUGCGGAUCCGGAACAAUAAGGGGCAAAGUUCGCUUUGAUUCUCAUUCAAUGGAAAGGACAGAUUUUCAUCAAAAUGGUACUUGUGUCACGUGUGUUAAUUCGGAUCAACCAAACACACUUAUCUAUGUCUCGGCCAGUGUGAUGAUUGCUAGCAUCAUAAUUCUUAUAUCAGGAGUUGCUGCUUUUUGCAAAGCAAGGGGAAAAGUGAAAUAUGAAACCAGUACUUCACCUUUGAAUGCUACCCCAGAUAAAUCUAACAUGCCAAAAGCAAAUCCAUACAGUUCAGUCGGAAACAAUCCAGUCUCAGACGUGCACCACAAUCAAAUCUCCUCUGGCGGCCAAACCUAUUCGAAUGCUCCAAUUCAUUCAGAGGGAGCAACUACCGGUGUUUAUGAAUUAACUGAUGCUAGUGAUAACGGGGAUAUGUAUGAACCAAUAGAAUUACAUGAUAAUGAAGCACAUAUUUAUGAAGGAAAACUCCAAACUGAUGAAGUUUAUGAAGAAGUGUAACCAUGAGAAAUAUUUCAGAAAACUGAAAGUAAAGCACAAGAAUC